AACAAGUUACGGUAUACGGAUAUACUGUACUAAAAAUAGGCGAAUAUACUUUCGUACAAAAGCAAAAAGUACGAACUAAAACUACGGAGGGGCAUUUCCGUCAUCUUCUUUAUCAACUUAUUCCGGGUGGAUCCGUUAACAGACUCCGGCACAAGUGGAGUCGCAGACACGUCCGGAUCUUUGUCACUUACGAAGAACCAACACCCUUAAUCUCACGACACGUGUUCCUGACCGUCUUCGAAGUUACUAAUUUUGACACGUAGGACAACCACGUGUGCACUAUAUCCUACCUCUUUAUAAAAACCGAACACAAAGCCUUAUCCUUUGUCUUCUUCUUCGUUCAGUUUCAGAUCAGAGAGAUUUUGUUCUGUUUUCUUUUUUUUUCGUUUUCGAAAAUUCAGUUUUUCUUCGAAACUAAUGAUCACAAAAAGCAUAAAGAUCUAACGUUCUCGCGUCGUCGCGUAUCUCGGUGACUUUAUUACCGUAUCUAAAGACUUGAGAAUAAAGCAAUCUUUCUCCUCUUUUUUUCUUAUAUAUUUAUAUUUUGGCUCAAGUUCGAAACCAUCGUAAUGCCGUUUCACACGAAGAUCCAACCGAUCGACUUGUCGGAAGAUCUACCGACGAUGAAGCAAAUGCCGAAGUCGCGUUUGAAGCGCCUCUUCGAGCGUCAGUUCAGUAUCAAGAACGCCACCGUCGGCGAGUUCGACGCGCCGCCGCUUUCUAGAGGCAACUCCGGAGAUUUCGAGCCUAGUUCCGUCUGUUUAGGGAAGAUGGUUGUGAACUUCAUGGAGGAUAACAAGGAGGAGGAGGAGAAACAGAGGUGCGGUCGUAGCCGGUGUAGCUGCUUUACCGGGAGUGGAACAGAGAGCUCCGACGACGAAUCUGAAUGGUCGGAUGAUGUCAAGUGUUCGUCUGGUGAAGCUUGCGUGAUGCUCAAGAGUUUGGUUCUGUGUACGAGCAUCAGCGAGAGGAAUGUAAUGGCUGAUGUGAGCAAGAUUGUGGAGACAAGUAAGCGUAAAGACCAAUCUUGCUUGAAGAACCUGGUCAGUGUGUUGGUGAGGUUAGGUUACGAUGCGGCUAUAUGCAAAUCUCGUUGGGAGAAGACUCCUUCCUAUCCUACAGGGGAGUAUGAGUAUGUGGAUGUUAUCAUGGAAGGCAAAAGACUGUUGAUCGAUAUUAAUUUCAAGUCCAACUUCGAGAUUGCUCGUGCGACCAAGACCUACAAGUCGAUCCUGCAAACUAUUCCUUGUAUCUUUGUAGGCAAAGCGGAUCGGUUGCAGAGGAUCAUCAUGCUUCUAUCUAAAGCGGCAAAGCAGAGUUUGAAGAAGAAAGGACUUCAUGUGCCACCGUGGAGGAGAGCUGAGUAUGUUAAAUCGAAGUGGCUGUCUACUUACGUUCGUGGAGAGGAGAAGCAGGAAACGGUAGAUAUGUUGAGUGCAUCGGUAGGUGGUUCCAUAGUCUUUGGUGUUUGAAGAUUGUGUGGAAGGUUUUGUUAUAAUGACAUAAAAAGCCUCUAAGAGAGGUGUUGUGAGAGAUAGGAGUGUUCUGAGUCCCUUAAUAGUUUUUUUGAUACUUAAGGGUAUGAACUGAUGAAUCACAGUGUGUCUCCCCUUGUCUUUUUUUUUGGUGUAAGGGAGACUGUGUUCAGACUCUGUGACUCUGUCUUUGCUUUUGUGAGAUUAAUGGAUUAUAAUAAUUAACCAAUAA